AUGGCGACAGUUAAGAAUGUUAAGCGGAGAAAAUUGUCUCAUGCGCCCCCCAAGGAUGUCUCUGAGGAUGUCUCUGCAGCUUCAGAGCAGGAACAGGAAGCUCCCGAAGAAAACGGCGAGGAAUCGGCAGACACAGAGGCUCCCAAGUCAUUCAAGGAGCUAGGAAUCAUUGAUUCGUUAUGCGACGCAUGUACUUCCCUUGGAUAUAAAGCCCCCACCCCAAUUCAAGCCGAAUCUAUACCUCUGGCACUACAAGGAAGAGAUUUGGUGGGGUUGGCAGAGACAGGAAGUGGGAAGACUGCGGCGUUCGCAUUGCCUAUACUUCAAGCUCUUAUGGAAAAGCCUCAGUCAUUUUUUGGGCUAGUUUUGGCCCCAACUCGAGAACUUGCGGUACAAAUAUCAGAAUCGUUCGAGGCCCUAGGGUCGCUUAUUUCAGUCCGAUGCGCUGUUAUAGUAGGAGGAAUGGACAUGAUUUCCCAAUCGAUUUCUCUUGGGAAGAAACCACACAUUAUCGUUGCGACACCAGGACGACUUCUUGACCAUCUAGAGAACACAAAGGGUUUCUCGCUGCGCAACCUAAAAUACCUAGUGAUGGAUGAAGCAGAUCGACUUCUUGACCUGGAUUUCGGCCCGGUGCUGGACAAGAUAUUAAAGGUUCUUCCGCGGGAGCGACGAACGUACCUUUUCUCCGCGACUUUAAGUUCCAAAGUAGAGUCUCUUCAGCGCGCCUCACUUUCAAACCCUCUGCGGAUAUCAAUCUCUUCGAACAAGUAUCAAACCGUCUCGACACUCCUCCAAUCAUACCUAUUCAUCCCCCACAAGUACAAGGAUGUUUACCUUGUUCACAUCCUAAACGAAUUUCCCGGCCAAUCUACCAUCAUCUUCACAAGGACCGUCAACGAAACACAGCGGCUUGCUAUUCUUCUCCGCGCCCUAGGAUUCGGCGCAAUCCCUCUCCACGGCCAACUAUCCCAAUCAGCCCGUCUAGGUGCCCUGGGGAAAUUUAGGUCCGGUAGUCGAGAUAUCCUGGUGGCCACCGAUGUUGCAGCGCGAGGUCUUGAUAUCCCUGCUGUCGAUCUGGUGUUGAAUUUCGAUCUACCCUCUGAUAGCAAGACAUAUAUUCAUCGUGUUGGACGUACUGCUCGUGCAGGUAAGAGUGGACGUGCAAUCAGCAUUGUAACGCAAUACGAAGUCGAGAUAUGGCAGCGAAUCGAAACUGCUCUGGGAAAGCAGCAGCCUGAAUAUAAAACUGAUAAAGAGGAGGUCAUGGUGUUGAGUGACAGGGUGGGAGAUGCUCAACGAAUUGCGGUGACUGAAAUGAAAGAUCUCCAUGAGAAGCGGGGGACUAAAGGCGCCACGCUUCGAGGACGAAGAAAUGGAACUGAUUCAAAGAGGGGUAGAGAUGACAUGGACCGCGAGGAGAGAUGA